CUUUUGGGAAGUGCGGGGACUACUUUAGGUCAACUUUGGAAAGAAACACUCCUUAUUCCCUGCAUAUGGCUACAAGGGGACGCUGUUUAGUACCAUAUACGUUAUAUUUAAUGAUAUAUGAUAAAUAGUGGGCUGUUUGAGCUUAUUUUACCGCAAAGAGUGUUAUGGUUUUACUACGUCGCGGAAGGAUCAAAUUUUCUCAAGCGAGGGUCGACACAUCCGCCCAGUUUUCCGAUGUUUCAUUCCCCCCGAGUUGAAAAUGGAGUUCGAUUAAAGCAGAUGUCCACCAACUUCUCAAGGAAAUUACAAAUCUAAAUGAUUUUACUUUACGCACCAGCAUUCAUACCGAAAACAGCUGAACCUUUUUUUCUGGCUCUGGAUGCCUUUACUGCACAUUACUCGGACACGUUGACGGAGCAACGCUCCACAACGCUUUUUCAAGUGUUGUCCUGGACCUGAAGUUGGCGAAUGGAUGCUCGACAGCCAGCCACAAAUAACCUGCCAAACGUCACAGACUGCAACAUUUUGUACAUUUUUUGAGGAUCUAUUCUCGUUUUUUUUUGUUGGUGUGUUGCAAAACGGGGAUCUGUGAUCGUUGAAGAGGAUGAUGCCGAUGGCCCAUUUGUUGUGGUCGGAUUUUACUUCCAGGGAGGAUAAAAUGAAUCAACGAUUGUCAUUCCUUCUCGCGAUUUAACGUUAGUUCCAGGCAGCGAAGCUAACGUUAGACUAAUCUCCACUGGGUUUUCACAGGGACGCUUAGUUAGUUAGGCAUGCCCCGUUGUACAUCAUUUACUUGCUAUCCAAAAUAGGGGUCAUUUCUACAUGUGAAGAAAAAUGGUGAUAUUUGUGGUAUUUUAUCCCGCCGUCACUGCGUCGUCGAUGCUAUUGCUAGGAUUUGGAUCCCCGUGAGGAAAAAAUGAGUGAAGAUUCAACAAAUCCAAACAACGAUGACAGUUAUGCGCGUGUGAGAGCAGUGGUCAUGACUCGGGAUGACUCCAGUGGUGGGUGGCUUCCCCUGGGGGGCGGAGGCCUUAGCUGUGUCACCGUCUAUAAGGUCAGCCGGGCGGAGGACAGCGGCAGCACCCACAGCGGAGGCAGUGAAGGAAGCAGCAGCAACCUCAGCCCCUGUAGCUCCAGUCCCAGUCCCAGUCCCAGCCCAAGUCCCAGUCCCAGCACCAGCCCCACCGCUGUGGAAUUCCACAUCAAGGGCGAGAGGCUCAAAGACAAAUUGGUGGUGCUAGAGUGUGUCCUGCAGAAAGACGUAAUAUACAACAAGGUCAACCCCAUCUUCCACCACUGGAGGAUCAACGACAAGAAGUUCGGACUUACUUUCCAGAGCCCUGCCGACGCCCGUGCCUUCGACCGAGGCAUACGUCGGGCCAUUGAGGACAUCAACCAAGGUUGUCGGCCGUUUGGGGAAGGGGAUACUCCCGAGGAUGGACUACCGGUGUGUGAUGAGCCUCCCUCCAUCUGUACCCCAAUGAAAGAGCCCUUCUCUCCCCUGAACAACGUCGUCUCCACCGAGCCAUUCAGGGGCUGCUACGUCCGCGCCCAACCCUUCGACGAAUUCCCCUCCAGAAACCGCCGCUACCUGCCUCCACAGGUCUCCUUCAAGUCGACUCGUCAUGUCAGUUUUCACAUGGACGAAGAGGAGAUUGUCCGCAUCAACCCACGCAAAGACGUGCUCAUUCGUGGCUAUGAGGACUACCGCCACCCUGUCAUGUGGAAACAAGAGGCCGACCGUGAGGACAUGGACUUCCCCACCGCCUUCCACAAACUGGACAGUAAGAAGUGCGAGUACCUCUUCCCUGAUGGCCCCUGUGGGGACUCCCACUCUGGCCCUGGUAUGGGCAUUGGAACAGGUAUGGGGCUGGGGAUGGGCAAGGACACAGCCAUCAAGACUCAGCCCUCGCCCCUGCUCAAGUCCAAGAAGGGCCGGCGGCGGCGAGAAGACGGCGAGCGUUCGCGCUGCAUCUACUGUCGGGAGAUGUUCAACCACGAAGACAACUGGCGGGGGCAGUGCCAAGACGCCCCCGACCCGAUCAAGCAGUGCAUCUACAAAGUCAGCUGCAUGCUGUGCGCCGAGAGCAUGCUGUACCACUGCAUGUCCGACUCCGAGGGCGACUUCUCAGACCCCUGCUCAUGUGACACCUCUGACGAGCAGUUCUGCCUGCGCUGGCUGGCCCUGGUGGCGCUCUCCUUCAUCGCGCCCUGCAUGUGCUGCUACCUGCCUCUGCGCGCUUGCCACCACUGUGGCGAAGCCUGCCGCUGCUGCGGGGGCAAGCACAAGGCCGCGGGGUGACCUAACGACGGACUCUGGGACACCCUCAAAGCUAGCUAACACAGGAAGUGGAUAAAAGCGGAAAAUUAAAAGCCGGCAUCCUUUUUUCAUUCCCCUCUCAGACGGGGUGAUAUGUUGUUGAUCCCCAGCUCUGAGGGCUUUUGGAGAUUUCAGUUUGUGUUUGUCGCCGACAAGCAGCUGUGGAGGACAAACCAUAUGCUUUGUGGGAGCUCUGAGCACCAAGCUAAGUUCAGGAGCUUAAUCUAAGGAGAAGAGGUGUAGGCAGUGGCAAGCUUAAUAGACUUGGAGAUGUUACUAAAAACACACACACACACACACACACACACACACACAAACACCUCUACUGCAAGAAAUGUGUAACUUUAUGAAGGAAAAUUGUCUUUUGUACAGAGAGCGACAAAUUAAUGACAAAAAAAGAAAACUAUUCUGCGUUCAGAAAAAAUACUUGCUGUUUGAGUAUGCUAAAAGGGAUAUGUUCUUGCUUCUUUGUGAAUUUACAGUUGGGUAACAGUGGCCUUUCCUUCUUGGCUUAAGCAUUUGCUGACAAUGUAAUUACUAGACAGAGAAAAGUGCACUAGAAACGAUAUUCCCCCCCCCCAAAAGUAAAGGUAACCUCCUCAAAUUCUUGUGGUACAUUAACCACCAUAUGUAGUGUAAUUUUAACCUUUGAGAGAUGUUGAUGUGGUGGUUGUAUGGCCGAUUCCUUGUUUUCCUUUCCAUCGAAUGUUGACAAAAAAAAGACAAAAAAAGAAACUCAAAAGUUAGUUUGUUUUUAAAAAGGUACAGCUUGGUAUAGCUUUUGACAUUCAUUAAGAAUCUGUUGAAAUGAUUGCCUUGCUUUCCCCGAGGUGAUUUAGAACAUUUGAUUGCAUUCCAAAAUAAAGGGAUUGAUUCCAUAAUUAGAAGGGAAGAAUGGUAAAAACUUUACCAUGCCGGGUUCCCCCAAAAGUGUUUUUUUCCACGUCAUGAAAAUAGCAUCAGAACUUCUUGAACCAUUUAAAUUGAAACCAAUGACAUGCCAAUUUCAUUUACUCCAGUGGAUUUCAGUUUCAGUCCAAGAUUUUACUGCUGUAGUGAAAUUGGUGUUUUUGUGUCUUAUUUGGUAUUUUCCUGCUCAUUUUAGAAUAAUUUGUAAAACAACAAAAGGCUGAAAGGUUGCUCAACCAGCAAGUUUUGUUUCGGUGAGUAAAGGGGUGUCAGUGCUCCUUGGUUAAAUGAUAAGGCACUUAAAUUAGGUUUUUAAUUUUUUUUUUAUUAUUAUUUAGAAUUACUCUGUACAUAAAUUUGACUAAUUUAACAUUUGAUUUAGCAUGGGGGAAAACCCUCCUAAAAGCACUGCUCUCCAAGCUUUGGUUGCAGCACCCUAUCUAAAUUUCCAUGUUUGUCCCAUGACUCCAUUUUUUCUUUUUGUUUUCUUUUAUUUCCCCCUCAGAAAUGUAGUGUUCCUUUGUUCCUUAAAAAGUCCACUCCUUACGUAUGUCUUCAUUUAACAGGCCCUGGGUGAAUGAAUGCAUUGUUUCAGGAAUGUUGAGUAUCUUAGCUAUUUAAAACCAUACAGGUGUUUUGUUGUGUGUGUGUGUGUGUGUGUGUGUGUGUGUGUGUGUGUGUGUGUGUGUGUGUGUGUGUGUGUGUGUGUAUAGGUUUUCAUGUGCACAUGUUGAUUUGGUGUCUUGUAACGCCACCACUGACUAUUUGACUGAAGGCUUUGACUUGUAACAGCGUCCUUUUUCCCGAAGCACCUUUGUCCAUUGAACGAAGAGACGAUCGAACUGUUGAAGGAAUACUUCGACAUUUUGGGGAAAUUUAUUUAAUUGCUUUCUUUCUGAACGUUAAGACGGGAAGAUCAAUUCCAACGUUGUAGCUGUCUGUUGUUUAGCCAAUUUGUGGUUUUAUUGUGGGACUGUUUCUUGGAUGGGCUCAGUGAUUUCCUGGAGCCCUGUUGUCAACAUGAGGUUGCCAUGCAAAAAACUGUAGGAAGUUUCUGUGCCUGGCCAAGAAAUAGUCCCCCACAUAACCCACCUGUAAAACAUGUUUACAUUUUGUGUUUUCCCCCUCCAGAUGAAAUUAACAUGUUAUAAAUAUGGUAAUUAGUGAGCUUUUGCGAUGGCGUUUUAAAACGAUUUGUUAACCCUUGAACAGAGCCAAGUUUCCCCAUGUUUACAGUCUUUAUGCUAAGCUAAGCUAAAUGGCUUCAUAUGUAACUGCUCGAUUAGAGAGAAGUAUCAAUCUUCAACUCUCAGCAAGAAAGCAAAUGAGUAUAAUUUCCAAAAUGGCAAACUACUCCUUUUACAUCCUUUGGGAAACAGGGAGUCUAGUUGUGUGUAAAUCCCAUUUCCCAACCAAAAGUGUAGAACCUUUUAAAUUGAACAUUGUAAAAAAUAAAAUUAAAAAAAACACCUUGUUGACUCGAACUAGUCUGAACAACAGCAAACUCCCAACAGUAAUAACAGUUCUGUUUGGAUGUCUGAUUGCAAUAACCAAUGAAAUUAUCCCUAAAUAAGGCCUUGGCUUAUUGGAUUUGAAAUUAGUGCCAAUUUGGAUUUACCUCAGUAUUUAACAGCAGAUUUGGUCCAGCAUUAAUGUGCUGUUGCUAACAGAUACGCAUCUCCUCUCACCUCCUCUCACUCCUGGUUAAAAAGAAUGUAUUGGCACCUCGGUCUCAACAUAACUGGAUUACAGGAGGACCAUUUAUUUUCCUAAUUCCACCCCGACCUACGCUCCCUUUACUUUCUAUGCAAACUUUCUAACGUGGGAAACACAUUGACCUCUCUGCAGGCUGAGUCAGUGACGGGACAGGACACUUUAACGCUAGAUAGGCAGACGACCAACCCCUGGUACCAAACUCCAAACAACAUGUAAAUACUUAACACUAUAUUUAAGUUCUGAUAAUAAUCCCAGCUUUUUUGUCUUUGAAAUUUUAAAGAUAGAGCUGUAUUUAUCGUUGCUGUCAGCAUAUACUGUAGCUUCAAUUGACAGCAUUAUGUACAUAGGUCACCUUUUAGUAUUAUUUCACAUUGAAAAGUAGAGGGCGUUUGUGAUGGUAAUGACUAUUGAGCUUCUAAUAGAGUUUCUCUCUAGUUUUGUACGGUAGAAGGAAGGAUAGUGCUAACACGGUACAGCAGUGGCAGUCCACUUGUUUCAAAAGUUUGUUAUAUAAAUAUAUAUAUAUACACAUACAUAUAAAAGCUGCUAGAUACAAUCACUAAUUUUAUUAUGUUCACAGAGAAAAUCAGCUAUGAACGACUGUUAAACCCUAAAUCUCCAACAGCAUAUAACCAUGACGGUGAGUUUUUAGAUGUUUGAUUGCUCUGUGUGAUGAAGCGGACACUUGUGUGUGUGGGUGCGCGAGUGUUACUAUAUUUGUGCGUUCUUGUGUGCCCACAAGUGUGUGUGUGUGUGUGUCUGUGUGUUAGUUUCUAGUGUGCUGGCUGUGUGCGUGCGGGGUUGGUGUGUAACCAAAUGUUGGGUUGGUUGUCAUAUUCUCCCAUUGUAAUUGGAUUGCCCUGCAUUAUUGCAAGCUGAACCAAGGUUUGAUGAACCUGAUUAAACUUGCUGGCUGAGAAGCAAAAUGUAGGACGUGCAUUUAUACAAAGUGUAGAGAAUGCUGAAAUAACACUUCUCAUUCUGCAUUAACCAGCACAGUGCAACUUCCUGUCAUGUACUGUAUUAUAUAUAUGCAACAUGUGUCUGUCUGCUUUAAUAUAUAUAUAUAUUUUUUUGACCUGCAUUAUACAAGACUUCAGUUUUAACCACUUUGCUGCUAGUCUUUUAUCCUCUUUCAAUCUUGGAAAUUGUGCAUAUCUUUGGGAAUGCAUACAAGUGUACAUUCUUGACAUUGUGUAGAUUAAAAAAGAAAAAAAGCUAUAUAAACCUGUUUCUCUUCAGUGUAUUGUUUUUAAAGUUACUUUUCACAGCAGUUGAGUGGUUAAGUUUCAAUUCUCCAAUGCUUUGGUGCACUGAUGAUACUAUAUGUAAGCUUUUUUUCAUCUUACAGCGCUUGAUGUAACAUUUAUGUGAUUAGUUCUAAAUAGUGGAAGACAUUUGUGUUUUGAAACUUGCAGUAUAAAUGGUACUACUCUUAACUAUUCUGUAAACACUGCCUGUUUUCUUUCUUUCACUCUCUCUUUGUGCAUAUUUCUUUCUUGUGCAUCUCCCCCCCCCCCUUGAAGUUUCUUAGUGCCAUCGGCUUUCACAUCCUGACAACCUCAAAAAAGUGCCUCACGUCCAUCCUAGUUUCCAUUUUAUAAUUUAACAUCUCUCGUUGUGGUUCUAUUGGUUUCUACACGUCUAGGUAUUUCUUAUCAUGGUUGGGGAAUACCAAGUAUAUGAUGUAAAAAUUAUAGUCCCAAUAACUCAUGUCAUAGUUGUAUUUUCUUUAUACAGAUGUAGCUUGUUACUUUUCAUAAAUAUAUAAUGUAAAUAUGCAUACAUAUGUUUGUAACUGUUUUUAUGUUACAUCAUACACUUGUAAUUUGACAUAUCAAAUAACAUUAUCAUAAUAAAAUGGUGAGUUUUAA